CCUUUCUUUCUUUCACUGUCUUUUGUUUAUUUGAUUCAAGCUUAUCCUAUCUUUGCAUAACCUAACUAGUACUUUUUUUUUUCUUUGCCUCAUUUCCUCUCCUUCCUUUUCUCGAUUCUUUCCUUUUUACUUUCUUUCUUUUUUUAAUCUGCUUGUACUUUUAUAAUCUGCCUUAUCAGUGGGGUUUUGUUUUAUUUGCUGUUUUUCUUUUUUCUUGAAUGCAUGUUGGUGAUGAUGAUGAUGAAGUUGUUGUUCUUCUUAUUGUAGAAGUUGGGAAAGUUGUUGUUCUUGGUCUAGUGGUUGAUACUGUUGUUUUGCGUUUUUGUCUUUUUUUUUCUUCCUUUUCUGUUUGGGGUGCAUUGUGUUUCUACUUGAGAUACUUUAUGUAAGGCUUUUAAGCUUUAUCUUGUCCGUACUGAAAUUUUUGACCGUACAGAAUAGAUUUUAUAUCCCGGCCCUUUUCUCUCUUGCUCUUAGAAGGAAAAAUUUUUGGUCUCUUUUUAUUCUUCUGCUGCUGCUGCUGCUUCUUCUGUUUCUUAAUCACCAUAAGUUUCUGGAUGAAUUUGGAGUUUAUUCAGCUAAGAUUGGCCAUGCUGUUGUAGGUACUUGGAUUCUUAGUUAAUCUUGGAGUGAGAGAAAAGAAUCUGUUUGUUGAUAAGGAUCUUCUGGGUUUUGCAUCAAAAUUCAAGGCACAAUUGAUGAAUUAGAUGGCUAUUCGGGUUCAAAACUUGCCAAAGAAAAAUAUUGAUGAAAGUUCUGUUCAUUCGCUAUCCCAUUUAUCUGUUAGUUGCCCACCAUGGUGGAAUUCAAAUGAACAGCAAAUUGCACAGACUUUACCCCAGAAUAUAAGCUUGAAAGUGGAAACUCCCUCCCAACUGUAUCAUAAUGCAAAGCAUUUAGGUCUUCAACUACCAGACCAGGAAUCAUCAUCAGCUCAAGCAAUUGGUCAAUCUCGUCAUGAAGUGGGUGUCAUAGGAGUGACUAACUCUCGAUGCAAUUCAUCUGAAUCUGGUCAGGAUGAAAGUUGUGGGAAGGACAUUGAGGGUCAAAUGAAGCCAGUUUUCAUGCUUAACAAUCCAAACACCGUGUUCAGCCCUUCUCAUUCUAAUUAUAACCAUUCAAUGGCUUACGCUCGAAAUCCUUAUGCUGAUGCUUACUUUGGUGGACUAUUUACUCCUUAUGGGCAACAGGCUAUCAUUCAGCCCCAGAUGGCAGGAGGUGCACCAACACGAAUUCCUCUGCCUCUUGAUCUUGACGAAGAUGGGCCCAUUUAUGUCAAUGCUAAACAAUAUCAUGGGAUUCUUAGGAGGAGGCAAUACCGCGCGAAGCUUGAGGCACAAAACAAACUUGUCAAAGCUCGAAAGCCAUACCUUCAUGAAUCUCGGCAUCUUCAUGCACUGAAUAGGGUUAGGGGAUCUGGUGGACGAUUUCUUAGCACCAAGAAGCUCCAACAGUCUGAUCCAACGUUCAACACAAGUUCCCAUUGCAUCUCUGAUACCAGCUGCUUAGACCAAAAGAAUACUAGAUCAGAAUUUGAGAGCCGUUGCUCACACACAGCAGAAUAUGUUGGUUCUAGUACAAGCUGCUCUGACAUCACGAGUGUCUCCAACAGUGAAUGCAAUUUCCAGCAGCCAGAACACAGAUUCUCAGACAUCUCUCCUCAUGUGGGCAGCCACAUGCAAAAUAGUGUUAGUAUGUGCAAUGGAAUACAACACUGUGCUUCGGUUGUCCGGUGAGAAGGAGCAGCGAAGACGGCAACUCAUCCUUGGCUUUAUCUAAUUAUCUUUCAUGCAUAUUGUGAAAAGUGUCUGAGAGAGACUGUACACUGUCCUAAGAUCUUUUGUAAGGUUCUGCCUUCUGCUUUGACAUUCUAGGAAUGACAGCUUUGUUGAAAAGAGUUUGGCUUGGAAUUUUAUUUCGAUGAUCCUUGACUUGGUUUUUACCUUUAAUGAUUGUUUUUAUAUUAACAA